CAACAACUGCGAAGUACAUUUCGUUUGUAGAACAAGUACAAUUGUCGGCAAUUUUACUACAUAUCGCAUUUAAAACACUCAAACCAAACUCAGAAUGGACAUCGAACAGCAGGAAGCGCUACCCAGCACGCAGGAAACGAUUGAGGCUGAAGAUGAGGGCCUCUCGCAAGACUCACAAGCCGACAGCCAGCAAAGCGCGACCGACCCGGAAGCACUAGCGGAGGAACCCUACCAAAGCCAGGAGUUUCUACAGCGGAAGCUGUACUUUCUGCUGGAACAGCUGAAGAAGAUGCACGCCACGCUACCGGAACAAUUCCAACUGCGAAUUUCCUACGAACUGUUGGCCGGGCUGGCCAACUCGCUGUUGAACGACACAAUCUUCGAGAUCGUGAAAGGCCUGAUGGAGAUCCAACAUGUGACCGAGAAGCAUCUGAUGCAGGUUCGGGAGAAGGUCGAAAACGAUCAUCAGCUGGAAGUCAAACAGUGGGAAUCGAAGAUCCAGGACCCGGAAGAGCUGGAGCACAUCAUCGCGCUGAUGAAGAUCAAACACACUAAGAACAUGAAGGAAACCGACAUGAAGCUGGUGCUGCAUCUGGACCAGAAGGUUAAGGAUCAGCAGUCGACGCUGGAGAAGGCCGGCGUUCCCGGGUUCUACGUGUCGGACAAUCCGAUGGAGAUCAAAAUUCAGAUGUAUUUGUUGGAUUUUAUUUUGCGGUUGUCGCGGCUGAAGUUCGAGCCGAAUAAAUAGCAUUCGGUGGAGGAUGCGGCGGCCGCAAUUUCGGGAUAAGACUGAUUGAUGGUUGUAGGAGAUGGGACAUGUUUUGUUUAAAUGAAUACAUUUCAGCAUUUAAUGCGUUAACAAAUGAAAUUUAAAGUGCAAAACUGCACAACACACGUUGUUAUUUCUGCAAGAUCUUGAAAUUUUUUCUUGUAUUUUCUGCAGUAUUGUAUUGGAAAUCGUUGAGGAAAAUCCUGACGAUACGAAUACAACAGGCGAAAUUCCCAGUAAUCUACACACAUUGUUUCCGAGAAAAUCUGAAAAGUUUCUGAUAGAUUUGCAGCUCAAACAUCAUCUAAAAAGUUUCUGAGAUUUCCUGAGUAUUUGUUAGUAGAGCUCAUAAUAAAGUUUUCAACAGUAUCCAUGAAACAAUUGUCAAAAGUUUACCUAGAAUAGUUUGGCACUUUUUAGAAGUACAACUGCUAGAGCUAUCCUGGAAAAGUGUUUUGUAGAAACCCUGUUUUUAAAAGGAAUUCUAAAUGCAAUAAAUAUUAGGCAAAAUUCUUUUCAAGAGAAGUUGCAGAUGGCUAUAAUUUUGAUAGAAGUUUUGAAUAGAAUCUUGCAUGCAAUAUUUCCUAGUAUCCCCUCCUCAACGUUUUCUACAUCUCCACCACC